UACGUUGUAAGGAGCGUAAGGUAUAUUUCCGCUUCCGUGUCCACAACACGUGUGGACGGUAUCUCGUUUACAAACGAAUUACGGAAAUAAUAUGGGUAAAGUAAAGAAAAUGCGUCGAUCACAAGGAGGAGAGGGCGACCUAGCACAACAAUACAUGGAGGACACAAGCAUAAAACAAAAAAGUAGAGCAAAAGUUCGACUAAGGAAAGAGGAAGACGAAGAGUUUGUUGAUGAGAAGCUGUCAAAAAAGAUUUUGGCACAAGCCCGAGCACAGCAAGAGGAACUUGAGGAGGAAAUUGGACCUCAGAAAAAAAAAGUCGGUCCCAAAACUGUGAGUCUUGGUCCAGGUCCCUCCCAUGAUGCAUCAGACUCAGAAGAUGACCUUGGAUCAGAAGAUGAAGAACAUUAUGAACCAAUUGAAGUUAAUGCUGAUGACGAGAAGGCAAUGGAGAUGUUCAUGUCACAUAACCCGCCGGUCAGACGCACGCUGGCUGAUAUCAUCAUGGAGAAGAUCACUGAAAAACAAACAGAGAUUAAAACACAGUUAUCAGACAACGCCAGUGUUCAGAUGCAGCAGCUGGAUGAGAGGGUGGUCACGAUGUACCGAAGUAUCCGACAAAUUCUGCAGAAAUACAGAAGUGGGAAACUACCUAAAGCCUUCAAGAUCAUCCCAACAUUACGGAACUGGGAACAGAUCCUGUACCUGACAGAGCCCGAGACCUGGUCAGCAGCCACUAUGUGCCAGGCCACCAGAAUAUUUGUGUCCAAUCUCAAUGUCAAGAUGUCUCAAAGGUUCUUCAACCUUGUCCUGUAUCCCCGGGUCAGAGAUGACAUUGCAGAGUACAAUAGACUCAACUUCCAUCUGUACAUGGCUGUUCAGAAGUCCCUCUUCAAGCCAGCCGCCUUCUUCAAAGGAAUUCUCCUUCCUCUGUGUGAGUCCGGCAACUGCACCCUGAGAGAGGCUGUUAUCAUAUCCAGUAUCCUGGCAAAGAACACAAUACCCAUGCUGCACUCUGCUGCAGCCAUUUUGAAAAUUGCAGAGAUGGACUACAACGGUGCUAACAGCAUCUUCUUAAAGACCCUCCUAGACAAGAAGUAUGCCUUGCCGUAUAGAGUCAUUGAUGCCGUCGUCCACCACUUCACAAGGUUUGUGACAGACAAGCGCGAGCUCCCCGUGUUGUGGCAUCAGAGUCUGCUGACCUUCAUACAGCGCUACAAGGAAGACGUCUCCACGGAGCAGAAAGAGGCUCUGAUGGAGCUGCUCCGGGUACAGACGCACCACACCAUCACUAGUGAGAUACGCCGGGAACUGGUCCACUCCAAGUGCCGCGAUGCUGAGGACGCCCCAGGUCGGGCUGACAUGGAGUUUGAUUGAUGUGAUAUGGACACAUGGAGGGGUGGCGAUGUAAUUAUGUAUAAUAAAUGUUGAUUUUGGA